GUUUGCACAUCAUUAAGUAUGAUACUGUAAAGGAACACGGCCUGCAAUCUCAUUUGUUUCUCGACAUGAUGUUUUUCUUGUGUAUCAUGUUCUAGUUUUACUCACUCCCUUCAUAUAUGCAAAAAGCUCGGGCAUUCUGAUAUCACAUUGAGCCUGAAGGUUUUCACAUCACCUCUUCGACUGCACACGCUUCAUGACCUGACUUCGUGCGCAAUGAGCAACUUGCUGCUCCUGAGGAGGAGGUUGCACAUAGCAUCUCUGUCCUCCCGAUGUACUCAAAUACGACGCUACGCACUGAUUGGGAAACCGAAUAAAACCCAGAAACCAAUAUGGAGUCUGCCCGAGUCUCCAGCACGUACGAGGUUUGCGCCGUCACCAACAGGCUACCUUCACCUGGGUUCCUUGCGCACGGCACUUUUUAACUACUUGCUGGCACAAGCCACCGGCGGCCAGUUCAUUCUGCGACUGGAGGACACGGAUCAGAAAAGAUUUGUUGAGGAUGCGGAGUCACGCCUGUACCGAGACUUGCGAUGGGCCGGUUUGAACUGGGACGAAGGUCCCGAUAAGGGGGGCCCCUUCGGCUCGUACAAGCAAUCUGAGCGGCUGGACCUGUAUAGGCAGCAUGUCGACAUGCUCUUGGAGCAGGACAAAGCCUUCCGAUGUUUCUGUUCCAAGGAAGAUCUCUAUUUUCACCUACAGCAGGCAACCGACAGUGGCGCCCCUGCUCAUUACCCUGGCACAUGCAUGGGAAUCUCGAAAUCCGAGUCGGAUAGGCGUGCUGCAAAUGGGGAGGAGCAUGUGGUCCGGUUUAAGACGUCCGAUGUGCCCGUGUCUGCCCCAGACCUGGUCUAUGGCACCUACAAAAAGGCCGAGCGCGAGGACAAUUUCAUCAUCAUGAAAACCGACGGCUUCCCGACUUACCAUUUCGCAAACGUGGUGGACGACCAUUUCAUGAAGAUCACACACGUCAUACGGGGCGCCGAGUGGCUUAUAUCGACACCCAAACACAUCGAGCUUUACAACGCAUUCGGUUGGCAACCCCCCAGUUUUGCCCAUGUCGGCCUGCUGGUGGACCAUCAGCGGCAGAAGCUGAGCAAGAGGGACAUCGACAACAUUGGGAUAUCAGUCUUCCGUGAUACAAAUAUCCUGCCAGAAGCGCUUCUCAAUUUCUCGGUCUUGCUGGGUUGGGAUCCAAACCUGCAAAACCGGCCGCACCUGGACAAGAGGGGGCGGAUGACGCUAGAAGAGAUGAAGGCAAAUUUUUCUCUAAAAUUCACACGAGGGGACAUCGUGGUCGACCUGGCCAAACUCAAGUUCUUCCAGACCCGAUUCACACGCGAUUUGAUAUCAGGUGCAGCAGUUGAUCCUACUGCUCUCAGACAACGCAUCCUCACGCCGAUCAGCUCUGAGCUGGCCCGGCUCGACCGGCAACUGUUCAAACAGCCAGUAUCAGGGCUCGUAGCGGAAAUUGUUGGUGAUGAACCUAAAAAGCGCAUCAGUCCUGAGCGCGAAUGGAAACGACUUGAGGAGGAAUACAUCCACGAGGUGCUGAAGGCCUCGAAAGCCCCACUAGACAACCAUCGCCAGUUCAUAAGGGACAACCUGUACGCUUUCUUUCCGCCGUCGACGCUGGCUUACAAAAACAGCUUCAAUGAGUUUCAAAGCAGUAUGAAUCGGAUAAAAUUGGAGCAGAAAGAGAAACGAAUCUUGAAUGUGGACAUCUCCAAGGUGCUUCUCUACUUUAGGAACUCACUCGGCGAGCUUACGGAAGAAAACUGGACCCUGGAGAAUGUCGGGGACAAGGCAAAGGAGCUUGCUGAUUCUGUCACAUAUUACAGCACCGAGAAAGAUCAGCUGAUGGAUCACGGAGCAGGGUGGAAGUUCUUGCGGUGGGCCCUUUUCGUCGGAUCGCCAGGGCUGUCGGUCGUGCCUAUGAUGGUGCUCCUAGGCCAGAAGGAAACGCUCAAACGCCUCCGGAUCGCGCGCCAGUGCGCCGCGGUCAAAGAAGAACAGCUUGGGCUCGAGGCCAAAAGAGCGAAGCGGCAAGCUGAGUUGGGCCACUAUGCUGGGAUCAACAGACGCUCUACGGGCGAUGGUCAAAGGUCACCGUUCGACCAGGUGAGCGAGCCUCGAAACGUGAAAGUGCGGAAGCACAACAACGAUCCUACAAGGACUCAGAACGAAGCUAAGGCAUUCUUGAGGCCGACUCAUCCUGAAUUACACCUACCAGAGAAAGGGCCGUUUUGGUCCCAACCAAGGCCACAACCUGUCCCCGACCGAGAACCAGAAGCAGAACGACCCGCCCUUCCACCACAGCACAUAAGCCCCGAAGAAUUCAAAACUGGCCAGCGUCACAUCUUAAGCAUGGGCCAGACUGAUCUUGCCCUCGACCGCUCUCCAUGGAGCAGGCGGGUCAACAAAAGAGUGAAGAAAACGCCGGCCCCCAAGCCUGAGCCAGCGGCUGAGAUCCAUCCAUUCGAGCCCGGAGGCUCCUUCUUCGCGCCCGCGGCGCAGACCGGUGCCGGCUCUGCACAGUCAGAAAACCUGGACACAGAGAGACGUGCACAUAAACCGCAAGACAUCAACAGCAAUGGAUCGAAACCCCCACCCCCGGACACGACUGGCUUUUUCAUGCGUGGGAUGUCUCAACAGGAGCGGCGGUCCCACCUUGACCUCUUGGUGGCUGGUGAAGCAGAAGAUGAGUUAAGGCAGGCCCGGGCCGCAGCCCAAAUGCGCCCACCAGAGACAUCGACGAUCGGGAACUCGAUGGAACAAGGCCGUGUUGUUCCUACUGACGUCCCUGAUGGUAUCGGGCCCUUUUUCGCUGGCAAGCCUGUGAACCAUCCCUUGAGGACCCAGGCGGAGCGAGGACGUCCCAUGGAUGAUGAAGGCGAACGCCAGCCCCAGGAUGUCAAAGCAAGGAAACGUCGCCCUGGGGGCCCUUUUUACGUUGGCGAGCCUGUGCGUGACCAUCCCAAGAUUACCCGGGCUCAAACAGAGCGGAAAGAGAAGGAAGCUGGUGGCUGAGCGCAGCAUUUCAGUACAGGUCGAAAGCUUGGGAUUCGAACAGUUGAGGACGGCGUUGUGGUCUUGAUAGGUACCAUGGCAUUACUACCACUUCUUCAGAGUAGCCCGGUGUAUCAUCAUUAUUGUACAUAUCCGCAUCUAGAAAAAUGCACAAUCGCCUCGAAGCCAACGAAUCAAUUUUCCAUCUGAACGCCAUCUGUGCAUGCAUUUCCCUUGCCAAGCUCUCCCACAAGCUUGAGCCAUCAUCAUCUCAUCAAAGCCUCGUGCGUCGAAAGCGUGUAAUAAUAGGUGCUCGAGCCCCUUGCUGCGCGCCCUCCUCGCCCAGUCAAUAAUCACCUAGCAUGACUCACGCCUUAUCGCCCAAAUCGUUGAAGAGCUUCGCCUUCACACUCAAGGCCAUGAGGCCAGUCUUCUCCUUCGCAGCGAUCUGCUUCGCGUCCCGGGCGAGCUUCUCCACGUUCUGGUCCACUCCGCCAUCCCUCUCAGAGCCCAUUAGGCCGAUGGACGAGCCCAUCUGCGCGCCAGUCCUACUCUUGCGCGACAGGGUGGAGUUGAGCUGUCCGACCUUGGAGCCCAGGUCCUGCAUUAGCUUGCUCCCGAAGUCGCGGUUCGUGAUGAGGGGGUUCGCGGACAGCGUCUGGACCCAGUACUUGUUCCACAGGAGGUCCAGCAGGUGCGCCUCCAGCGUGCUCUUGAACGUCUCCACCUCCAGGCUGUAGUACCUGCUCGCGUGCGCGCCAAAGUCCUCCGCCUUGGCCAGCGGCACAGCCUGGAAGGACUCCGAGUCCGUGGCGCCCGACGGCUUGUAGUCCUCCGGGUACGUCCUGAAGGCGCCGAUCUCGACCUUGCCGGCGGCGAUGGUGCGGUGGGGGUCGAUGACCACGGCGACGAAGGGGUCGUUGUACUUUUGCCACUGCGCCUGGGUGCCCACGUCGAUGCCAGACAGCCAGCAGCCGUAGCCCGGGUGGCUGUGGUACCAACCGACCAAGUUCUCCUGCCUCGACCCUUGCUCUCUGCACAGCCGUGGGAACUCAACCAUGUACUCGUUGGCCUCGUCCUGCGCGUUGACGCGGGUCUCUGUGCCCUCGACGGGCAGGCGGAAGGCGUCGGUGAUGACCAGCGCGCCGUUCUCCACGAAGCCCUGCAUCAGGCCCAUGAUCUCCAGAUUCCCGCCCGACCGCGCGUGCAUGACCAUCUUGAUGAGGGCGACGGCGCUGAUGCGCACCUUCUUGAAGUGGUUGGGGUCGGUCCUCCAUAGCUUCUUCUCCUGCAGGGCCUUCUGGCUGUCGGCGUCGAAGUUGUAGAGGGAGUCGCGGGUGGGGUCGAUGAGCUUCAUGUCGUUCUGGAGCUCCCAGUCCCUGAGGGUAUUUGUUGCCUCCAUCUUGGGAAGCCGUGUCCUGGAGGGGCGCCGCUGUGGACCGGGUCUGGGUUGUGACGGCAGAGGAUCAAGACGCGGAGGUCUGGUUGCGGAGAGAGUACAAGGGUUGAUCGGAUCCUGGCCUACUAGCAACCCGAGAACGUUGAGGUUGAAUGUGGUGAUGUACUGUCUCUCUCACACACGGGCGUGAACAUCAGGCAGGCAGGUAACCUUGG